AUGUCCGCCGCGUGCGCCGCCUCAGCGGUGAUGGUGACCCGCGCGGUCGCAAAGACCACCCACGGGCGCGUCAGCCGGCCCGCCGCGGGUCCCGCCGCCGCCGCUCGCCGCCGCUCCGUCGCGACGCGCGCGGUGAAGCUCGCCACCGGCGAGGUCCUCGACGUCAAGCCCGUCCCGAUGAGGGUCGGCCACGGCUUCGACCUCCACCGCAUGGAGCUCCUCUCCGAGAUGCCCGAUCUCGAGCUCUGGCUCGGCGGGAUCAAGCUCGAGCACGAUCGCGGGUGCGUCGCGCACUCCGACGGCGACGUGCUCCUCCACUGCGUCUUCGACGCAAUCACCGGCGCGCUCGGGUUGCCGGACAUCGGGCAGUGCUUCCCCGACAACGACCCUAAGUGGAAGGGGUGCACGAGCGACGUGUUCAUCAAGGAGGCGGUGCGUUUGAUGCGGGACUCCGGGUACGAGAUGGGCAACAUCGACUGCACCAUCAUCGCGCAGCGGCCCAAGAUCUCCCCGCACAAGAAGGCCAUCAAGGAGAACCUCGCCAAGCUGCUGGAGUGCGACGAGGGGCUGGUGAACGUCAAGGCGAAGACGCACGAGAAGGUGGACUCGCUCGGCGAGAACAGGAGCAUCGCGUGCCACACCGUGUGCAUGCUCGUCAAGGCGCGCAGUGGAGGCGAAGACGGGUUUACGCAAAGCAACAAAAAUCUGUUCGUAAUAACACUUUGUAUAUACGGGCGCUACGGCUCUUCAUCCGCUAUUGGCGUUGGAUGA